AUGUCCUUCCUUUUCAAGGCCUUCGGGCUGGCAUUCCUGGCUGCGAGGGCCCCGCCACGAACCCGUGCACCUGGCUCGUUGCAUGUUGGGCACGAGCCACAAGUGUCGCAGCCCGGCUUCGCUGGCGAUGCCUUGGGCCUUUGCUGCGGCCUGGCCGGCGGCGCCGUGGCCGCCAUCUCGUCGAGGUCGCGAUGUCGGCCCAAGGCGCUAGUCUCCAAGCGUGGCAAGUGCGUGCGUCCGGCUGAAACCAGCAGCAAAGGUACCACGAAAACCGUUCCAAAGGUUUUGGUCGUCAAUUUGGACCGCAGCCCGCAACGUUGGGAAUCUGCGCAGGUCGAAUUCGCCCGAGAAGGACUGCAGGUGGAACGCUUCUCUGGCACGGAUGGAAAGGCCCUGAAGCCGGAGGAACUGAAAAAAGUGGCGACAUGUCAGGCAGCAUAUCGGGCAUAUCGAAUCUCCGAAAUCAUGAUGCAGCAUGCUGAGCCCAAGGCCAAGGUCAAGAAGCCCCGUCCACUGCCGCCUCCGCCACCCCCAGCCCUGGCCACCGCGGCGCUGUUGCUGCGGGGUGUGCAGCCAGGGCCAUGCGGCGGCGAGUUGCAACCCAUUUGGGUCACAGAGCCCAACUGUUCCAAGAUCACCAUGUCCCUGGAGGGCUCGACACGAGACCCCUUCCCCAAGGAGGCCCGAGGGCGCGAGGAUGGCCAUGCUGCUUUGCUCUUGGCUUUAGAAAAGGAGACGAAUCAGCUGGCGCAGAACGGUGGAAGCAUCGCAGUCUUCGAAAUGGAGAAGGCAGAGGCCGAACAGCGAUAUGGAGAGGCCAUCUAUGAGCCCAAGUCCCAACGAGCUGAACGUCUACGACUGGCGCAUUUGCCUGGAGCUUUGUUGGUGGAGAUCCCCAACAACUGGACCUUGUGCAGCAGCACCCAGGAUUGCGGCAGGAUCGAAUUUCUGGCCAAAGAGGUAGAGGCUGGAUCCAAGAAGAAACCUGACACAAUGAUCAUGGCCAAAAAGAAGCAGAUCUUCGUGAAAUUCAGCGUCGAGAAAGGGGAAGCAGCUGCUGCUGAGAUGGCUGGUGAGGCACCACCAGCUGAGGUGGGAAAGUUGUUGGCUGAUAACAGCGUGCGUGUGUCAGUGGUUGGUGUGGAUGUGCCUGAUGAAGCGAAGGAGUCCACCAUCAAGGCUGCUGCAAGCAGCGAAGCUAAGGAGCAGGUUGAAGAAAAGGAAAUGGUGGUAGAUCCUUGGUCAGUCAAGGGUAAGAUCGACUACGAGAAGCUGAUCCGAGAUUUUGGUUCCACCAAGAUCUCCAAAGAGCUCUUGGAACGGAUGCGCAAGCUGACCGUGGGUUCAGGUAGAGUAUCUGAUCUCCACUGCUGGUUACGUCGCAACAUUUUCUUCUCCCAUCGAGAACUGGAUGCGAUUUGCGGUCUGCAGGAGAAAGGUAAACCUUUCUACCUCUACACCGGGCGGGGUCCAAGUUCUGCGGCAAUGCACUUGGGUCACUUGCUGCCCUUCAUGUUCACACAGUUCCUCGUUGGAGCUUUGAGGUGGCUGCAAAAGGCCUUUAACGUGCCCUUGGUCAUUCAGAUGACCGAUGACGAAAAGUUCUUGUGGAAGGGGGAGUAUGACCCUGAAAAGGGCGACAACCUGCAUGUAUACCAACGAUACACCAUUGAGAACGCAAAAGAUAUCAUCGCCUGCGGCUUUGAUAAAAGCAAAACCUUCAUUUUCUCCGACUGUGACUAUGUGGGGCACAUGUAUCCGAACAUCGUUCGAGUUUGGAAGGCGAUCACCUACAACACCGCCAAAGGGGCCUUCGGCUUUCAGGGCGAGUCCAACAUCGGCCAGUCCGCAUUUCCUGCGAUCCAGGCAGUACCCUCAUUUCCUUCAUCUUUUAGCGUUCCAUUCAAGGGCGAUCAGCAUCUGCCGUGCUUGAUUCCUUGCGCCAUUGAUCAGGAUCCCUACUUUCGGGUGACCAGGGAUAUCGCGCACAAGCUGGUUCCGAAGGAUCAUCCUUUGAAAGGAAAGCCAUCCUUGAUCCACUGUAAGUUCUUUCCUCCCUUGACGGGGGCUGAAGGGAAGAUGGCAGCAUCUGAUGAAAAUUCAGCCAUUUUCCUCACCGACACCCCCGAGGAUAUCGAAAAAAAGAUCAACAACUACGCCUUUUCAGGCGGCCGGCAGACGGCUAAAGAGCAGAGGGAAAAGGGAGCAGAUUUGGAUGCUGAUGUCUCAUACCAGUGGUUGCGAUUCUUCUUGGACGAUGAUGUGGAACUCAAAAAAAUUGAGGAGCAGUAUGGAAGUGGCCAGGGCGAGGACUACUGGAGCACUGGACAGGUCAAGAAGAAGCUGAUCGAAGUACUAAAGGAUCUCGUGAAAAGACACCAGGAGAUCCGGGCGAAGAUCACCGAUGAGGAGGUCCAGGAGUGGAUGAAGCACUCUGAACAGCUGCAUCGGUUUGUACAGUGCCACAUGUGCCACGUGUGGUGGGGCGCGCUUUGGUGCGUACAGCUUUUUGCCAUGCUCAUGGGCUGCUCAUGGCUGCUGACAACCCUGCAGUAUUGGACUGCAGCCACCAGCACGCAAAGCCAAGAACACAAUGUCCUGCUUAUGCUUCGAAGUGGUCAUGGCGGUUGGCAAGGUAAGCCCCAGGGCCUCGCAAGGCUUUGCACGAAGGGAAUGAUUGGAUGUUUCUUAAGCCACCGAAGGAUUUGGCAGAAGAUGGUGAGUGAGAAAUUGCCAGCCGUGGUGGUACUGGAGGACGACGUGCGUUUAGUGGAGGGCUUCAGCGACAAGCUCUUAAAACUCAUGGACGAGCUCCCUGCGGAUUGGGAGGUGUGUCUACUUGGGGCCAUUGGGAAUAUCAAUCCUGAUGUGGAGCCCUUCCACAUGAAGCUGUAUUCCUUUUGCGUUGGGGGAGGGCGACCAUCCCCGGGAAAGACCCGGCGAGUGUCGGACAAUGUCUUUGUGCCGCAUCGACCUGCAGGUACCCAUGCCUACUUGGUGUCCCUGAAAGGCGCCGAACGCUUGGUGAAGGAGCUUCCUUUGGCGUGUUACCAUGUGGACCUGACCGCCUGGUCUUUGCCCAACCUGAAGCUGUACGCAGCGGUGAAUCAGAUCGCCACACAGGACUUCGAGGCGGCCUCCACAGCCUCAGGGUAUUUUGAUGGUGUCCUGGAGGUUUCCUUUGGUGCGUCGCUGUGUUUCCUGCAGCCUGGGAGGAUUGGAACGCGGAAGGCUGGAGAUACCUUAGGCACGGUCUAUAUUGUGACAAGUUCCACGUUGAUUUCUUUCAACAAAUACCUGAUGCAGCCCGGGAGGUUCUCUCACGCUGUCCACCUCACCGCCUUCCAUAUGGUGGUCACGCUGGUCCUUUCGUUGGCUUUCUACAAGGUAGCGCCACAGUUUUAUCCAUCCAUGGCUAUGGCUAAGGCGAAUAUUUGCCAAGUGGCGAAAUGGAUCGCUCCGAACCAGGCGUACAAAUAUUCCAGUGUGGCCUUCCUGCAGUUCUGCAAGCAGGGCAAUGUGGCCUUGAUGUUCUUCAUGUCCUGCGCAGUAGGAAGCCAGAGCUUCAGUUGGCAGAAACUCGCUGUCUUGACCGUUGUCAUUGCGGGUUGUACCACGUGUGCUCAUGGAGAGAUCCACUUUGUGAUGAUUGGUCUAGUGCUGCAGCUGGCAUCGCAGCUCACGGAGUGCAGCAAGAACCUCAUCGGAGAGGCAGUCAUGGGGAGUGCUGGUUUAAAACUCGAUGUUUUGACCUUUGUGCUCUUCCAGGCGCCCUUCUCUUUGCUCUUCCUCUCGGUGGGCGUGUGCUUCUCCUGGACUCCAGAGGUGGUCACAGACUUCAGGAAACAUUGGCAUUGGCUCAUGGUGAACGCAUGCAUCGCAUUCCUUCUGAACGUGCUGAUAGCUGUGACCUUGAAGAAACUCUCCGCCUUAGCCUUUGUGAUCAUUGGCGUCGUCAAGGACAUGGUGAUCGUCUCCUCUUCAUCCCUAGUCUUUGGGGACCCCAUCAGUCAGGCGCAGCAGGUGGGCUUCGCAGUGACCAUCACUGGAGUCUUACUCUGGAGCCGCCUGAAGCUUCAAGAACAGGCCGCACGACGAGAUCCAGAGCGCCUACCUUUGGCGAAACAGGAUGUGAAGGUCAAGUAGACGCAACGUGACGCUAUGGGAAGGUACUUUCAAAGUCCGUCCUUCGCAACGCGCAACGGCUGCCGGGCUGGCCUCAUGAGGACACCCCACAUGCAGCGAUGAC